AACACAUUCAUUGAUAGAUUCAGUAUUUUUCAGGUUGGGAGUUCACAAUAUUUCAAAGGCAGCAAAUUUACCCAAAUAAAUAUAAAGAUUUAACAAUUUCAAACAAAAUCCUAAAAGAUUUCAUUAUUGUAAGUGAACUAUUUGUAAUUUCAARAAGUAUAAAUGGUGACAAUAGUAUAAAAUUAUUUUGAAUAAUUAUGUGAGUGGGAAUUACACUGUCAAAAACUACGAUAGUCUUCAAUGCUACAAAUAAUCAUAAUUACUCCAACACUACACAUAGAUUAAUCAAUUGAGCAGAAAUGUCAUCAUUUUAAUUGAAACAUUCAAUACACUGUAAAAUGAUUCUUCAAAUCUGGAAGGAAAAUAGUUAAUAUUGCACUGCUUGGCCAGUCGGUUAACUGUCUAAAAACUUCUCUUUACAAGAAAUAAAAUCCAAAUUAUAAUGGAUUAGUAAUCACCGUUGGAAUCCUUCAAAAACAGUCUACCUUUGCGGGAAGAUACUUUGGCAGUACAACCUAAGGGAGCUUAGAAGUCUGACUUUUAUUAGUCCACCUAUUCUGUUUCUAAAAGUUGGCCUAUGGAGUCCAUUCACACGGCACAGAAAGGAGAAAAACUACAAAUACCCCAGUCAUUGCACACGCUGCUUAAGACCUGUGCAACAGGCAGAGGAAAGAACAGAGUAUUUUCGCUUUUCACGUAUAUUCGACAACUUUAGAGUUUUGUUGUUUGCGGAUAGGACAAGAAUAACAUUAACUGAAAAAAGUUAAUAGAUCAAAUCUUUAAGAUUAAAACGAACCGAAAGUAAAUUGCAGCACUGUGGGCUCGGGCGCCUCAAGGCCCCUCCCCCUACCCGGAGGGCCUUCCCGCCACCGCGCUUUCAGUUUUCACUCCGGUCCGCCGAGCUGACCUAUAAAAUAGUGCCUCCGACCAAACCCGACAGUCUUCCACCUUCUUCCCUCGGUUCAGUAUGUCUGGUCGUGGCAAGGGAGGGAAAGGCCUGGGYAARGGCGGCGCCAAGCGCCACCGCAAGGUSCUGCGSGACAACAUCCAGGGCAUCACCAAGCCCGCCAUCCGCCGCCUGGCCCGCCGUGGCGGCGUCAAGCGCAUCUCCGGGCUCAUCUACGAGGAGACCCGCGGCGUGCUCAAGGUGUUCCUGGAGAACGUGAUCCGCGACGCCGUCACCUACACGGAGCACACUAAAUAUGUGAUUGCCAAGUUAUGA